AUGAAGGAUGAAGGGGGGGCAGCGCAGGGUUUUCUGUUGGGCGGUUCUCAAGAUGAAGGGGGGAGCUGCUCGGUCAUCACAGAUCUCCGCCAACGCGCUUCCAGAUGUAGGGGGGGCAGCGUACGCAUUUGUCGUUGCAGUCGGCGCGCUUACCAGGGUGGCGAGCAGCAGCAGGGGUCUUUGCUCGUGGGUUGGUGGAGCCGGAGCCCGCUCGGCAACGGAGUCAACACCCCUGCCGAGGCCGACAUUUUUCGGUUGGACAUUCGCAACAGCGAAACUCAAAGGCUAGAUGUCACGGGGGAGCACUAUGGCAUUUCAUGCGCAGUGACGGUUUAGGUAUUGAUCUGAUGUUCCGUUUGUUGCGUGAGAGGCCGUUCAACGCUCGCAAUCCAAAUUGCCGGCCCCCCUGGCACGCAAUAAGUUGAAUGAUUGUGUUUCUUCAGGCCUGUUGCUGUAUCUCAGCCAGCGUUGGAACUUUAUGUUUGUCUUGCCCUGAAAAUGCUGAGAUUAUCAUCCGAACCAUCGAUGUAGUUUGGUCCGCUUGGUAUGUCGCUUUGUUGGGGAAUUGGAGUAGGUAAGACGCCAACGUUAGCACUGCAUUUGGCCUUCGUUCCUAGGGAAUUGGAGUAGUUGAGGUGACAACGAGGAUGUUUCAUUUGGUAGUCGUAGAAUCUUUGCGAGGGUUAUUGGCUCGGUGGCCGGGUUUUCCCUUGCAACGUAUUUUUUCUGUGUGAUUUUCGGUGAUACCCGAGCACGUUGAGCAACACACGGUGAUGGUUAAUUACUGAUGUAAGGAACCAGGGAGGGUGUUCGUGUGUGUGUAUAUGUGGGAAGGAUCUGAGGACGGUUCUGUGUUCCGUAGAUGAAGGGACAUACGGGUACCUUUUGUGGUAGACUUUCGAUGAGUCAGCGGUGCCCCCAUGCGGC